GUAAAGGUUUUAUUUGGAGGAACAAGCAAACGCAAACGAAGACAAAACAUUAAAAGAGAGAAUUGAAUCUGAAAUCAGAAUUGAAUUGGGUGCAAACAAAACAUGCAGACGCGAUUAUCUGGGCAAGCGGGUCGAGGAAUGGCUAUCGCAGUUUAGGCCGAUACAAGUCAAUAUCCACCGGAGACCCUCACACCAUGGAAGAGUCAAAUGAAGUUCAUUCAGAGGAGAAUAAAACUUCCUUUGAUAAUAAGAAAAGAGUACUCAAGACACCAGCCCAGCUUACGGCUUUGGAGAAAUUUUAUAAUGAGCAUAAGUAUCCUACGGAGGAAAUGAAAUCACAACUCGCUGAGGAGUUGGGAUUGUCAGAAAAGCAGAUAUCUGGAUGGUUUUGCCACAGAAGGUUAAAAGACAAAAGAUUGUCUAGAGAUGAAACAUAUGCUAAUGGACGGCAAGAUCGUUCAAGUGGUGUUAUUCAGGAUCGCGCUAGUGGACUUGGGCAAGACUCAUGUGGUAGCACUAAACAUGGAGACUACCGGUACGUUGAUCCUAGGGAGGUUGAAAGUCGGAGGCUUUCUGGGUAUGAUUUCCCACCCGCAGAUCUCACUCGUGAGCAUCGGAUUCAUUAUACAGAAAGAGUUAGCAUGGAUAAUACAUCUUCAGAAAGUAGCUCAUCUUUACAAGAUAGGUUUCUUACUCAAACUGAAGAUCCAUAUGAUAUGGAAACAUCUAGAUACAUAACGGAUAAUGGGGUCUUUUCACCCUUAAAUACGAAAGGCGCAGAAAACAUGGGAUAUAAGCCCUCAGGGUAUUUGAAAGUCAAAGGCGAAAUAGAAAAUGCUGCUAUUACAGCUGUUAAGAGGCAACUUGGGAGGCAUUUUCGGGAGGAUGGUCCUCCAUUAGGUGUAGAAUUUGAUCCACUUCCUCCAGGUGCAUUUGAAUCCCCGAUUAUGGAUCCAGUGCAAGAACCAUCAAUUGGUGGGGAUGCUGCUGGUCUUGAUUCCCCUGACACAUCUGGAGUAAAAAGGCAACCAAGUCCAAGCACUAGAUAUGAAGUAUAUAAUUCCAAGUUGAGUUCCCAGGGUUUGUAUAUGCACCAGGAAAAUCGUGGUAUAAUGCAUGGGGUUGAUAUGGUGGAGAGGAAAUCUCGCAAGCAAUUGAGGCAAAAGUCCACUUAUCUUAAAGAUAUCAAUUCUUCUGCUGGCAAAAACUCUUCCUUGGAUAUGUAUGAUGCAUUUCCUGGAGGAAUGUCUGCUUAUAAUGGCAAUAGGAAGAACAGAAUGAGCUCUAAGCAUGGCCACCGUGGUAGGAAAAUCACUAGUGAGACAACAGAGCCAUGGUCAAAUGAGUCCGAUAAAGUUUGUAGUCCCAACAUUGGCCAAAGAAGCGAUUACUUUAAGUCAAAGGCUUUAAAUUCUGUAGUUAAGCAUUCCGAAACUCAUGACACAGAGAGAGGACUAUUUACAAUGAUCCCACGGGAGGAGAAAGUUGAUGGAGAAUGUAAGGCAGUCAAAGAUUAUCACAAUCCACUUAGAGUAACGAUGACAGAUGAAGUGGCGGUUGGAAAACAAGGCAGAGUUAAUUUCCCUCACCAAGACUAUGCAACAAGUGUGCCGUUUUCUCAAAUUCCAGAGCGUAAAAAUCAGAUUAAAGGAACUGCCAUGGAGAUGCCAUCUAGCUUCAGUGAGGAUGAGACUGCAGAAACAAACUCUUCGGUUGAUUGAGGAUCCCGCGUUUAAAGGAUGACCUGCUUGGAGCGCUUCACAAGUCUACUAUAGAGAUGUACAGUUGAAUAGAUGUAUUAAUUUCAAGUACAUCGGAAAUGCUUUAUGUGGCAAUAUUCAAUAAUUACCGGUUUGUUUUGCCCAUCUGGUUGAUCAUCUGUUAAUAUGUGUAGCAAUAUAUUUUUUGCUUCAAUUUUUAUUUGAUUCAAGAGAAGAUAAAAGAGACGACAGUUCAAUUGUAAAUCUGAUCUGUCUGGAUCUGCGAAGGGUAGGGUAUUAAAAUCAAAGCUGAUCCAAGUUUCAACAAUGUUAUUGUUUUUUGGUUGUUAAAUGUACUGCAACUAAAUUUUUCUUUGC